AUGAAAUUGCUAUCGCCAUCGCUAGCAGCCAUUGGUCGCUCCUUGAGACACUCACUCCGAUACCAAUCCAGUAAAGCGAUUGUCGUCGAUGGGAAAUCGUACGCCUCGGACAAGUGGACCAACGUGCCGCCAUUCAUGCUCGAUUUGAUCCAGCGCAAAUUGCACAAGAACCCCAACCACCCAAUUGGAAUCCUCCAGGACUUGAUCAAAACCAAUGUGCAAGGCAUGGGGUACACCGUAUAUGAAGACUUUCACCCCAUAGUGACCAAGCAUCAAAAUUUCGACAGUUUGGGCUUUGCCGAAGACCACGUUGGUAGAUCCAAAUCCGACACCUAUUAUUUCAACAAGAACCACCUUUUGCGGACUCAUACCUCGGCACAUGAGCAGGAAUGCUUCAUGAGCUCCAAGACUCCCGGGUACUUGAUCACUGCAGACGUUUACCGAAGAGAUGAAGUGGAUAGAACGCAUUACCCCGCGUUCCAUCAGCUCGAAGGGGCGAGAGUCUGGCAACGGGAGGAUUUAGAAGCCAUCCAAAGGGACAUUGACUCGAUCCCUGAAACGGAUCUCGUUGUCGAAGACCCAUUCAGAGACACACCCGUUACGGCCGAUAACCCAGCUCAGGCCUAUAUGACUAAAGAGGAAAUCAGGUUGGUCUCGGUGCAUUUGAAAAAGACGGUGGAGUACUUGAUAAGCAAAGUUUUCGAAAAGGCAAGAGAGUCGGCGAAAUUGGCCGGGUCGACUGAGCCGUCGUUGAACGAACCGCUCCGCGUGCGCUGGGUCGAGGCUUUUUUCCCCUGGACAGGACCCUCGUGGGAGAUUGAAGUGUGGUGGAAAGGCGAGUGGUUGGAAUGCUGCGGUUGCGGGGUGGUGAUGCAGCAAGUCUUGUUAAACUCCAACUUGGGAGAGGAUAAAAUCAGCUGGGCGUUUGGGAUUGGCUUGGACCGAAUAGCUAUGCUUUUGUUUGACAUUCCCGAUAUUCGCUUAUUCUGGACGCUCGAUGAGAGAUUCCAUAACCAGUUCCAACAGGGCAAGAUUAGCACAUUUGUGCCCUAUUCCAAGUACCCCGGUGUCAAGCGGGAUGUGUCGUUUUGGAUCAAUGACGAAGUCGCUUUGCACUGCAAUGAUCUUAUGGAAAUCGUUCGCACGCACGCUGGUGACCUCGCGGAAAGUGUUGUUAUUGUAGACGAGUUUACCCAUCCGAAAACUCACCGGAGGUCCCAGUGCUACAGAAUCAAUUACCAGUCGAUGGAUAGGAAUUUGACGAAUGCGGAGAUUAACGAGAUUCAUACAAGUGUUGAAGAUGAGUUGGUGCGUCGUUUUAAAGUAGAAAUUAGGUAG